AUGUCUGAUGGGAAAUGCACGAAACGAUACCCAAGAAACUUGGUUUCUGAGACCAUUACUGGCAAUGACGGAUACCCACUGUAUCGUCGACGAUCAGUUGAAGAUGGCGGCAAAUCCAUCGUUCUGAAAGUACGAAACGUUAAUGUCGAAGUCGAUAAUCGUUGGGUUGUUCCAUAUUCACCAUUGCUCUCAAAGACCUUCAAAGCACACAUUAAUGUUGAGUAUUGCAAUUCAGUAAAGUCGAUUAAAUACAUUUGCAAGUAUGUCAACAAAGGAAGUGACAUGGCAGUCUUCGGAGUAGGGAAUGUAGCGGCACCGCUCGAUGAAAUCAACCAAUACCAACUUGGACGCUACAUUAGCAGCAAUGAAGCAGUAUGGCGCAUCUUAUCAUUUCCAAUCCAUGAACGACAUCCAACAGUAGUACAUUUGGCAGUACAUCUCGAGAAUGGACAACGCGUGUACUUCACAACAGAUAAUGUACGUGCAAGAGCAUUGGUUCCACCGGCAACAACUUUAACUGCAUUUUACUCAUUGUGCCAAGAUGAUCAUUUUGCAAAGACUCUACUUUAUUCUGAGGUACCGAAAUUCUACACAUGGAAUGCAUCGGCUAAAAAGUUUCAACGUCGCAAACAAGGUAAAGUAGUUGAAGGACAUCCCAAUUUGUAUUCCAGUGACGCAUUGGGUCGUCUGUACACUGUUCACCCGAACAAUACCGAAUGUUUCUAUUUGCGAUUGCUGUUAAUCAAUGUACGUGGACCGAUGUCCUUCCAAGAUUUAAGGACAGUCAACGGUCAGUUAUGCGCCACUUAUCAUCAAGCUUGCCAGAAACUAAAUCUUCUUGAAAAUGAUGCCCAUUGGGACACUGCACUCGCUGAUGCAUCGAAUACUGCUCGACCACAGCAAAUACGUACGUUAUUUGCUAUCAUUUUAACAACCUGUUUCCCAUGUAAUCCAAACGAUCUUUGGGAAAAAUACAAGGACAACAUGAGUGAAGACAUUCUACAUCGUUUGCGCAUUGCGAAUCAAAAUUCGGACAUUCAAUUCACUCCAAACGUGUAUAAUGAGGCAUUGAUUUUGAUUGAAGAUAUAUGUUUGGCAAUUACUAACAAGGCACUGGUGCAACUGGGAAUGCCUGAUCCAAACCGACCAGCGAACAACCUUUUCGAUCGUGAUUUGCAACGAGAAACACACUUUGAUACUGUCGAAUUGGGGACAUUUGUUCAGAUAAAUCUUCCGCAGUUGAUUCCAGAACAACGCAUUGCGUAUGACAGAAUUAUGCGUGCCAUUACAGAACAGAGUGGUGGACUAUUUUUCCUAGAUGCGCCUGGUGGUACAGGGAAGACUUUUCUUCUUUCACUCAUUCUGGCAACCAUACGAUCACAAAAUAAUAUUGCACUGGCCAUUGCAUCAUCUGGAAUUGCGGCAACUCUUUUGGAUGGUGGCCGAACAGUGCAUUCAGCAUUGAAACUGCCGUUGAAUUUGCAAAACACUGAGACACCAACAUGCAACAUCAGUAAAAACUCUGGAAUGGGCAAAUUACUCCAAACGUGUCAAAUUAUCAUAUGGGACGAAUGUACAAUGUCUCACAAGAAAGCAUUGGAAGCAAUUGAUCGUACACUGCGAGAUUUGAGAGGAAACGAACAGAUCUUUGGUGGCGCACUCAUUUUAUUGUCUGGUGAUUUUCGACAAACGCUGCCGGUUAUACCACGUUCAACACCCGCUGACGAACUUAAUGCAUGUCUCAAAUCAUCAGUUUUAUGGCGCCAUAUACAGAAAUUGAUUUUGAAAACCAACAUGCGUGUACAACUACAACAGGAUGCAUCGGCUGAAAAUUUUGCAAAACAAUUGAUGGAUAUUGGAAAUGGGCGAGUGCAAAUUGAUGAAUCUACGCAAUGUAUCACCUUGCCAGCAAACUUCUGUAAGAUCACAAAAAGCAUAGAUGAAUUGGUGCAAAAAGUUUUUCCAAACAUUGCACAAAGCUACAAAAAUCUUCAGUGGCUCAGUACGCGUGCUAUAUUAGCAGCCAAAAAUAUCGAUGUCAAUACCAUUAACUUCAAUAUUCAGAAUGGAAUACCUGGCGAAACAACAAUAUAUAAGUCCAUCGAUACUGUGGUGAAUCAAGACGAAGUUAUCAACUAUCCAACUGAAUUUUUGAAUUCGCUUGAUUUGCCAGGCAUGCCACCGCACGUUCUUAUAUUGAAAAUUGGCGUACCCAUCAUUCUUCUUCGAAACAUAAAUCCACCACGACUUUGUAACGGAAACCAGACUCUCAGUCAAGAAAAUUAUGAACAAUGUUAUCGAGGCAACAAUUUUGACUGGAAAAUUCAAAGGUGA